AUGCCUUUAAUAAAAAGAAUUAGUAUAAAUAAUUUAAUUGCAUUCUGGCUUCUAGGAUUAUGUAAUAAUUUUGCUUAUGUUAUAAUGUUAUCAGCUGCAAAAGAUAUUUUAGAAAAGGAGACAAAAAAUGGAACUAGUAAUUAUAAUGAAACUUGUCCUAAGGAUGAAAAAGAUAUAAAAUGUACAAGUAUUUCAACUGGAUCUGUUUUGUUAGCUGAUAUCUUACCGACAUUAUUUAUAAAAUUAUUGGGACCAUUUUUUUUAAUGCAUAUAGCUUAUGAUAUACGCCAUAUCAUAGUUGUUUUUUUUCAAGCGUUAUCAUAUAUUAUUGUUGGUAUAUCAAAAUCAGUAGAAAUUGGUCUUAUUGGUGUAGUUUUUGCUAGUUUAGGAUCAGGAUUAGGAGAAAUUACCUAUCUAUCAUUAGCUUCACAUUUUUCUAAUAAUGUUAUCUCUGCAUAUUCCUCAGGAACAGGAGGUGCAGGAGUAGUUGGAGCAUUAGUUUAUGCUGCUAUGACUGAUCCAUAUUUAUUAAAUAUCUCUCCAAAUAAGACAUUAUUUUUUAUGACAAUUGUUCCACUUAUAUUUUUGAUUUGUUAUUCUAAACUUUUGAAAUGUCCUGAAAGUGCUAACCAAUUUGGAAUAUUUAAUAAUAUUGAUAAUUAUGAUUAUGAAUCUAUUCAAAAUGAAAUUGAUGAAGAAAUGGAUAAUGAAAAUGUCACAACAAGAAAUGAAGGUUCUGAAAAUGCUGUGACUCCAUUGUCAUAUGAAGAAAAAAAGAAAAUAAUUAUAUCUAUGCUUCAAUUCAUGUUACCUUUGGUUGUUGUAUACUAUGCAGAAUAUUUUAUUAAUCAAGGACUUUUGGAAUUAAUUUCAUUUACAUGUAAAAAAGGGUUUAAUCUUACAUUAUCUGCUCAAUAUCGCUGGUAUCAAGUUUUAUAUCAAAUUGGUGUUUUUGUUAGUAGAUCUUCACACAAAUUAUGUGUUGUCAAAAGUAAAUUUUUACCAAUAUUAUCAAUAAUUCAAAUAAUCAAUUUAAUUAUUUUUUAUUUUGAUGCAAAGAAUCAUUUUAUUGGUCAUAUAAUUAUUGUUAUGGCUUUAGUAUUAUUUGAAGGAACUAUAGGUGGAAAAGCAUAUGUAAGUACAUUUUCACAAAUUCAUGAAAAAACAACCAUACAAACGAGAGAAUUUAGUUUGACUUUUGUAGCAAUAUCUGAUUCUAUAGGAAUUGUUUUAGCCGGAUUUUCAGCAAUUCCUGUACAUAACUAUAUUUGUUCUCUAAAAUAG